AUGUUGUCGGCAGGAGUGCUGCUAGGUGGCCUGGCCAGUCUGGCGGUUGCGCAGUUCCCGCCAAAGCCAGAGGGCGUCACCGUGCUUAGGUCCAAGUUCCACGAGAAUGUCACCAUUUCCUUCAAGGAGCCGGGCAUUUGUGAGACCACUCCAGGCGUCAAGUCGUAUGCUGGCCACGUCCAUCUUCCUCCGCGGCUCCUUGAAGAUGCAGACGGCGAGCCUCAAAACUAUCCCGUCAACACCUUCUUUUGGUUCUUUGAGGCCCGCAAGAACCCUGAUACUGCUCCCCUCGCCAUUUGGCUCAAUGGAGGGCCCGGGUCCUCGUCCAUGCUCGGUCUGCUCAUGGAAAACGGCCCUUGCUUUGUGAAUGAAGAUUCCAAGUCGACUGUGCUCAACCCGUGGAGUUGGAACAACGAGGUCAAUAUGCUGUACAUUGACGAGCCCAACCAAGUUGGCUUUUCCUAUGAUACCCCCACCAACUGCACGGCCAAUCUCUCAGACGGGGGCUUCAAGCUCGAGCCCGCCGACUUCUCCACCCAGGUCCCCGAUCUCAACUUUACCUCCAUGGUUGGCACUUUCAGUAGCCAGAAGGCCACUCACACGACCAACAGCACUGCUCAGGCUGCCCACGCCUUGUGGCACUUUGCUCAGGCCUGGUUCUCCGAGUUCCCUCACUACAAGCCUAGUGACGAUCGCAUCAGCAUCUGGGCCGAGAGCUACGGAGGUCACUAUGGCCCUGGUUUCAUGCGCUUCUUUCAACAGCAAAACGAAAAGAUUGCUGAUGGCACGAUUGAGGAUGAGCACGCCCACUUCCUUCACCUGGAUACGCUCGGUAUUGUCAACGGUUGGCUGGACUCUCUGAUUCAAGAGGAGGCGUACAUUGAUUUUCCGUACAACAAUACUUACGGCAUUCAAGUCUUUAACCAGUCCAUCUACGACGAAUUAAAGCACAAUUUCACAAAGCCAAAGGGCUGCAGAGACCAGCUAAAGAGAUGCCAACAGAGCCUCAGUCUCUUUGACGUUGCGACCGUCAACGCCCAGCGAGUCAACUUUGUGGACCUCUGCGAGAUGGACAGUUGGUGCGACGGUGCGGCUGUUGGCACGUACUUUGGCCUCGACAGUGGUUGGUUCGACAUUAGCCAUCCUCUCCGGGAUCCCUUCCCGGCGAGCCAUGCUUAUGGUUAUUUGACCGAGGAGGCUGUCUUGGGCGCCAUUGGAUCCCCAGUCAAUUUUACCGCCACUUCGUCUGCUGUGAGCAGCAACUUUGCUAGCUCCCACGACGACCAGCAUGGAGGAUUCAUUGAUGCUGUCGGGUAUCUGCUUGACCACGGCGUCAAGGUUCACAUGAUGUACGGUGACCGUGACUACGCUUGCAAUUGGAUUGGUGGUGAAAAGGCCUCUCUGGCAGUGCCUUAUUCCCACUCCAAGGACUUUGCGAACGCCGGUUACGCACCACUCUUGUCGGAGAAGGGCGUGUCUGGCCUGACUCGACAAUAUGGUAAUUACAGCUUUUCCAGGGUGUUCCAAGCGGGACACAUGGUGCCAUCGUAUCAGCCGGAAGCUGCUUACGACAUUUUCAUGCGCGCUACUUUUAACCGCGAUAUCGCGACCGGACUGCUGCCAGUCAAGGACGAUUUGUCGACAGAUGGGCCCAGUGAUACCUGGCACGUCAAGCAUGAACCACCCGAGAGGCCUACGCCCAAGUGCUACAUUUUGGCACCUCAGAGCUGUGUGUCUGAGCUGUGGGAGAAGGUCGUGGCUGGUACUGCUCAGGUUAGAGAGUGGUUUGUCCUUGAGGAGACUGAAGAAGAGCAGAUGUCGGAUGAAUUGUAA